AUUUCUCUGUCGAAAGUCAUGGCGGGUUCCUCCCCGAAUGGCGAUGCUGGAUCUGCAGCGUUGAAGUCCAAUGGAGAUGCAGCACCGCAGAAAGCCUCGGCGCUGCGUGGCAAGAAGAGGCCGUUGGACGGGAGCCACGCCUCAGAAACUGCCCAUGGUGUCAGCUGGGACGAGGCCAAUCUCGCGGAACACGACAAGGAGAGGGGCACCAGGCGCAAGAUUGACGAGCCCAAGACGCCUUGGGCGCAGAGUCCUGUGUCCUCGGAGGAUGAGGGUGCCAAGAGCCCCGACGGUCCCAAGGCGGAGCCGCACAAUGGGCAUAGCCGAAACUGCCAUAGGGGUUGUUCUCGAAAUUAG